UUACUGCAAAUCGGUCUGACACCGAGCAUUCGACAGGAUAAACGUCGCUUCGCUGUCUGGACGGCCAACCGCGCGCAGACGUACUACUUUCAGUCAGCCACUGCCGUCAUUCGUACGCGCUGGGUAAACGCCAUCAACGGCCUCUUGAUGCGCCAAUUAAAAAUCCUACGUGAGGCCAGUCGAUCCAGCCGCACCAACAGCUUCGUGGCCGACCACGAGCGUCACUCGCUCAUGCGUUCAGAAACCACCGCUGACUUCUAA